UGGCAGAAUUUAAGUCAUUGGUUAACAAGCAUGACUAGAAAGCAUGACGUGUAGGGCGUAUAUAGUCAUCUUCUUAUUUUGAAGUAACGUCUGUAUCUUGUAAGAUAAUUAAAAAGUUUUCAAGUCGUCGUAGACCCUUGCGGCGGGAUGGAGGUCUUUGAUAGAUCACUUUGGGAAUCGCUAAUCUAAUUUACUCUUUAGAUCUAAAUCUAUUGAUCUAGACUAGAGUCUACUGUUGUUUUUUUCAAGAUUAACAGAUCGAGAAUCUUGAUCUAGAUAAAGAUAUACAUCUAUUCGACGUACGAUGUAAAAUGCAUAAUUUGUCUACACUUUUUCUGCCUAACAGCCAGAAGAACAGGGGAGCUAAUAAGUUCCACAUAUAAAAAUACUAGACAAUAAAAAUAAAGUCUAGAUCUAGAAAGCUAGAGUUGAUAAGAUGUAGCAGAAUCUAGAAAUAGAUCUCAUCUAGCUCUGCAUUUCAUUUUUAGAUUCGCCUCAAAUAGUAUAUAAGUAGAAUAUAUAACAACUUCAACAAGGACCAAAAAUCGUAACAAUAAAAUGGCAAUAGCUCGAUUUGUAACGUUGAAUUCAGGCUUCAAGAUGCCAACCUUAGGAUUUGGCACAUUCAUGUUAAAAGGUGAAAAGUUAAAAGAGGUUCUGGAUUAUGCUUUAUUUUUGGGUUAUCGUCAUAUUGAUACAGCUGCUUCUUAUGAGAAUGAGGAAGAAAUUGGACAAGUGUUGUCUGAUAGAGUUAAUGCUGGAAGACUAAAUCGGAAAGAUAUUUUCAUCACUACAAAGGUCCCCCGCACACAUUUGAAAAAAGCAGACGUGAUUGAAAGUGCCCAAAGUUCUUUGGCCAAACUGAAAACAAGCUAUGUAGACAUGCUUCUUGUACAUCACCCAUGGGGCUUCAUUAAAAAAGAAAACAAUGAAAUGCAGUUUGAACAUGUGGAUCUGCUUGAGACCUGGCAAGGGUUUUCCACACUCUUCAAAUCACAAAAAGCACACAGUAUUGGUGUCUCUAAUUUCACCCUGGAGCAAAUAGAUAGUAUUCUGAAAUUUUCUGAUGUGCCCCCUGCUAAUGUCCAGUUAGAGUGCCACGCUUACUUCUUGCAAAAUAAACUAAAAGCAUUUUGUGAUGAGCACCACAUAGCUGUGUCUGCUUAUGCCCCCUUGGGUGCUCCUAACAGACCGGCUCCUCAUGUUCAAAACAAUGAGAAUCUGUUGGAAGAUCCUCUAAUCAAAGAGAUUGCAAAAAGCUACAAGAAAACACCUGCACAGGUGCUGCUUAACUUUUUACUUUGCAGAGGGUUUGUUGUUUUACCAAAAAGCGCCAAUAAAGACAGGAUUAAAGAGAACUUGGAUGUCUUAAACUGGACAAUGACAACUAAAGACUAUGACAAGAUAGCUAGUCUUGAUAAAGGCAUUAGGUUUUUUAGAUUUCUUUUUAUGAGAGGCCAUCCAGACUUUUUUGAGGAAGAAGAUUUUUAAUAAAGAAAAGUUUAAAACAUAAAUUCAAACAGAGAAUAUUCUGUGAUGAAAAAAUUUUUUAAUUAGCUGUUAUUGUGGCUUUAUAGUAGGUAUCUUUUAGUGUUAUAAGUGCUUAUCAUAUUUAGUAAAAAAGUAAGUUCCCCUUUCAGACCUUGUGGUCUAUAGGGCAGGUGAUGUCAAGGUCAUUUGUUUCUGCAAAAGUUCCCCCUUUCAGACCAGAUGAUGUAAAGGUGAUCUAUUUCUGUGGCCUACGGUUAAUGAAGGUGUCAUGUGGCCAGAAAAACGACCUACCACCUUUACUUUUCCCCAGGUAAUAUCAGGUACCCAUUAGAGCUGGGUGGACUUAGAGGUACCCAAAGAUCCCAGAAUUAACAAAUCCUAGGAUUCGAAUCCGGGACCUCUGGUUUGGAAGCCAAGCACUUUACCAUUCAGCCACCGCACCUACUAUCAUAUUUAGACUUAACAUUAUCUUCUGAAAGAAAACAUUAUUGAUCAAAAUUAAUUAAUUAAUUAAUCAUUCUUUUUCCAUAUCUAUAUUAUCUUUAAAAAAUACUUGGCUUUUAGCAUUUAUCUGGGAAAUCUUUUGCUGUAUGAUCUUGGGUACAUACUUUUCAUAGUCUUGUUUUAUUUCAGCAUUAUUACAUCAUAUAUUAUUUAAAAUAACUUCCUUUUUUUUUUAACAUAGCAACAUAUUAUUAGAGUAAUAUUUCACAGAACUUCAGUACAUAACCUAAAGGCAUUAUUAUUUGUGGAAAUGUAUUUAUCUACUUACUACAAUGUGUUACAAUGUCAUAUAUAUGUACCACUUUGUAGCCUAAUUUAUAGUAAUUUAAGAGGCUAUGUAUUGAUUGGAUGUGGGUGAAUUUAAAACACACAUUUAUGCCAUAUAAUAAAUUAGAAUUUGAAAUAUUCAAUAUAGGUAAAUAUUGACUGUAACAAUUUUUCAUGCAACAAAGAAUCUCCACCCUUCUUUGUCAGAAGACACCCACAUUAGCUUUUCAAGAGACUGGCUUUUCCACUCUCACAUUGUCCAGGUAAUUUUUUUCCCUCUUAAAGUCUCACUUUAUGGCUACACAGUAUUGAGGAAGGAGUCCUCUAGUUUGAUACUCUUAUGUAGUUUUUUGCAAGAUUUUAGCUUUUGAUUUAAAUACUGGUGGUAGUAAUCUGCAAUAUAAUAUAAGGGAUUGCCUUUAGAAAAAUUAUACUUUAAAUGUUUCUGUAUAUGAUAUGUUGUUGUUUUUUUAAUUUAAAAACCUAGUGCUCAUUCUCAUUUUUAAUUCAGAAGGUUACAUAUCUGCAGAUUUGGUGUCAUAUUUUUUAAUGUAAACAAGUUUUUGUCACAUACUCAUCACUCCACAUGCUUGAAGCUUUAAAAAAUUUUUCUACAAUGAGUGUUUAUUACAUUACAGAUGUGUAGGUACAACGGUAGUGCCAAUUUGUUUUGUACCGGUAAUUAAUUUUAUUUAUUACAUCAGAUAUUUAUUACAUUGUAUUUGGGUUUCGCAAGUGCAUGUGUUAUGAAUGCAACUAAAGUCUGCUUUAAAUGUGGACCAUUAAAUAUGAUUGAACUAUAAAAGUAUAAACACAGAUAAGUUUUACUGUACAAGUAAAUUGUAAAACAAUAAAAGUUUUAUAUUGAUUGCAAAUA